UAAGAACCGACGCGAGUUCGCGUCUGGUUUAAGCCGCAGACCCAAGUUUUUUUUCAAUAUAUAACUCAGUCUUCCCGCAUGGUCAGAGGGGGAAGGUUGUGCCAAAGUAUAUACACAUUAAAAAAAAACAAGAAACCAGGUUCUCUCCUGCGAAGGCGAGGGGCAGCUUGCAAAGCAUUCUGCAAAUAGCAGGGAAAGAAAAAGUGCAAGCUGACCAAACUGCUACCGUCUGAUAUAUAAAACAAGAAAGCCUUUUUUGUUGCUCUCACCCCUCAGCGCCCAUAGAGUCACAAUAUAUUUUAGGGGAAAGAGCGAGAGCAUGGUGCAACAGACGAACCACGCAGAGAACACGGAAGCGGCGCUCGUUAGAGAGUCUACCGACUCCGGCGCUUCAGAUCUGGGCAUUGCCUGCUCGCCGGCGACGGACUCGCUCGCGUCGGACGGGGAGAAAACGGACGAGCCUAGCUGGUGCAAGACCGCCAGUGGGCACAUCAAGAGACCCAUGAACGCGUUUAUGGUGUGGUCGCAGAUCGAGAGGAGGAAGAUCAUGGAGCAAUCGCCGGACAUGCACAACGCGGAGAUCUCCAAGCGCCUGGGCAAGCGCUGGAAGUUGCUCAAAGACAGCGAUAAGAUCCCUUUCAUCCGUGAAGCCGAGAGGUUGCGCCUGAAGCACAUGGCGGACUACCCCGAUUACAAAUACAGGCCGCGGAAAAAGGCGAAAUGUGCGGGCAGCAAGCCGGGGGAGAAAAGCGAAAAGGUCAACACUAAACCGUCGGCGAAAAAGAGCAGUGGCGGCAACGGUAGCGCUGGCAAGUCCAGCAAAACGCACAAGAUCAUCCUGGCCACGCUCACCAAGGCGCCGACUGUCCACCAGCACCCGCAGUCAGGCACCACUACUUCUAACACAAACACUAGCAACCAACAGUCAAUUUACAAAGCGCGGACCAGCGCCGCUUCCAAGCACAUUGUAGAUAAGAAACUAAAAGAGAGGCGGUCGUUCGGGACUCUGGGCAGCACGUCUUCAGCCGCCGUGCCAGCCAGCCCGACUCUCAGCUGUUCAGCCGAGCCCAUCGACCCGGUCAGUUUCUAUGAAGACCUGGCCGGCGGGACGGGAGCGAGGGUGCCCGACUCGCCCGGAGACCAGCGCAAACACCCGGGUAGUUUGAGAUCGAUCUCCCCGGCCCCUUCCACAACCCACUCCUGUUCCUCCUCGUCUCUGGCCUCGUCUUCCGACGAAGAGUUUGAGGACGACCUAAUGGACCUUAGCUCCAGCCCGACUUUCGAGAACAUGACACUGGGCAAUUUGAGUUCGUCUCUGGACAGAGAUUUGGAGUUUAAUUUCGAGCCGGAGUCCGCGUCUCAUUUCGAGUUCCCAGACUACUGCACGCCAGAGGUGAGCGAGAUGAUUUCAGGGGAAUGGCUGGAGUCAAGUAUUUCAAACCUGGUGUUCACGUAUUAAAACGCGACGAGUGAAAGAAAACUGACUUGCUGUUUUAUCUUGGAGCGAAAUGAAAAGGGGGAUCGUGAAUUGAAGUCAUUGUGAUCCGAAUGCUGUAAAAAUGCGCGAUCGAUAAAUGCCCGAUCGCGAGUCUUUCCAAACAGCAAACAAAAAAAAAUCAACGCGUUUCUUCAGGAGGGACCGAGAGACGUGUUUUAGGAGGACUGAGAUUCCAAUGGGG